AUGACAAAGUUCCCUUCAUUCCUUAGUGGAAUGUUUCCUGCGAGCUCCAGUUCCCCUCGCACAGGUAAGCGGAGCCCCAACUCCACGGCAGUGCGUACUCCAGGUGUGCCUUCUCCACGGCCAAGUACAACAACACCGGCUCCUGCAGCACCUCCAGCAUGGCGAUCACAGGACCUGGGCGGGCAGGUAGUCACGAAGGAGGUUCUUCAGGAGUCCGUCGAUGCUGUCACAGCCGGCGUUCAAGCUUGGGAUCCAGAAGAGUAUAUUUUGAACUCGCUUUUGCAGGAAGCAGUGCGAAACCAUGGACGUGUAGACUUAAUGCAGAAGAAGAGCGGGGAGAAGUUCGCCGUGAAAAGGAUGCCAAACAGGUGGGUUCGUGAAGGACCUACGGAAUUUAAUGAGCAGUACCCGACCGCCUCAGAACGACCUUGGGUAGAUAUCGGCCUGGUGAGGCAUUUGAACUCCAUCCGAUACCCAUAUGUUUGCGAGCUCAUCGGUGUCUUUCGUGACGAUGAGAACACGUACGUGACGGUUUCGUUGGCUACGCAAGGGGAUCUCUUCACCUGGUGUGAUCGAGACCCGCGCCCAGGACCUUCGCGAGAGGCCGUCAUGCUGCCCAUCGUCGGGCAAAUCUUCACGGCAGUCAGGUGGCUUCAUGAUUUGGGCGUUGCACACAGAGACCUGUCGCUGGAGAACAUUCUCUUGACUGAUGUAGAAGGCUCGCAGCAGGUGAAGCUCAUCGAUUUUGGAAUGUCCACCACGAAUAGGGUAUGCAAGAAGGAGGUCCGCGGCAAGCAGUCCUACCAGGCUCCGGAGAUGCACGCCGCUGCCGAAUACGAUGCCUAUUUGGCGGAUGAGUUUGCAUUGGGCGUUGUUCUGUUUGCCAUGGCAGUUCAGGAUUAUCCGUGGACAUCGACCAAGAAGAAUUCAUGCCAGCUCUUCGAGUAUAUCUCAACGUUUGGCUUGAUGAAGUUCUUGAAGAAAAGGAAGCUGCGCAAGGGCACGGAGCACCUCUCGGAGGUCUUAAGCGCUGAGCUCGCCCAGCUGAUCGACGCUAUGCUGCAGCUUGAGCCUGGCAACCGUCUUUGCCUUGGCGAAUCCUGCUUCAGCGGCGAGGCCCGAGGCACCGUGUGGGACGAAGCGUGGAUACAACCUUUCCAAGGAGGAAGGUAA